AUGUCGGAAAAAUACGAUGCGCACGCCUACAAUGGCAGCGAGCGAACUGAUGAGAUCUCUCAGAGCAGCACUCCUUCUGAGGUUGAAAGACUUCAAGAUGAAAAGCGAACUAUCGGCACCUUCUCAGCAGCUUUCCUGAUCUUCAACCGCGUCGUCGGUACUGGUAUUUUUGCGACUCCAGCCACGAUCUACAGACUUGCAGGCUCGACAGGAAUGGCUCUCAUGUUGUGGGUGAUUGGCAUCUGCAUUGCGAGUGCUGGUAUGGCAGUAUAUCUCGAGUUUGGCACAGGCAUCCCCAAGAACGGCGGAGAGAAGAACUACCUCGAAUACAUUUACCGACACCCCAAAUUCAUCGCCACAGCUUUCUACACUCCCUACAUCAUGCUGCUUGGCUGGGCAGGUGGUAACUCCGUCAUCUUUGGGCAAUACAUCCUUCUCGCAGCUGAAGUUGAGGUUACUCGCUGGAAUCAAAGAGGCAUUGCCAUGGCCUGCGUGACUACAGCAUGCGCUAUCCACGCCACGAAUGUCAAGCUGGGGCUCAAACUCCAGAACGCCCUGGGCUUCAUCAAGGUGCUGAUCGUUCUCAUCAUUGUCAUUGCAGGAUGGGCAGCACUCGCUGGAGUCACAAAGUUGGAGACAAAGCCGGACAACUUUACCAAUGCUUUUGCCGGAACUACCAGCGAUGCCAAUGCAAUCGUUGCAGCACUUUACUCUGUUAUUUGGUCCUUCAUUGGCUACUCUAAUGCCAACUACGCACUUCGGGAGACCAAAGACCCUGUCAAAACAUUGAAGAUUGCUGCGCCUACGGCUUUGGCGGGCAUCUCUAUCAUUUACAUGUUCUGCAACAUCGCCUACUUCGCCGGUGUACCUCGCGAACAGCUGCUCACCAGCGGCAGUGCGGUCUCCGCAAACUUCUUCCGCAAUGUCAUGGGCGGCCCAGCAGCACGAGCACUCUCUGUCUUCGUCGCGCUGUCAGCCUUUGGCAACGUGUUGAGUGUGGUGUUCUCGCAAGCUCGCAUUGUCCAAGAACUUGGCCGCGAAGGAAUUACUCCCUUCCACCGCUUCUUCUCCUCGAACCGCCCUUUCAACGCCCCCGCCGCAGGCCUCUUCUGGCAAUGGCUCACCACCUCAGUCAUCAUUCUCGCUCCUCCUCCGGGUGAUGCCUACUCCCUCAUCCUCAACAUGGUCUCCUACCCUUUGAACGCAGUCAACACUUUCGUCGGCCUAGGUCUCGUCUACUUAUACUUCUUCCGCCGGGAAUGGAACCCACCAUUCAAGUGUUCCUGGCCAGUGGCUCUUUUCUUUGGCCUGGCAAAUGUCUAUCUCGUGAUCGCCCCACUUAUUCCGCCGACUGGUGGUAGGACGGUUUACCUUGAGCUGCCUUACUGGCUGCACGUGGUGAUUGGAUGGGGAAUUAUUGGUGCUGGUGGAGUGUAUUACCUGGUGUGGGUGCAGAUUCUGCCGAGGAUUGGGAGGUAUACGUUGGAUCGGGAGACGACGUAUGAUAGUGUGGAUGGAUGGGAGAGGUAUCACUUUGUUAAGAGGUAUCACCAUCAGAGUUGA